GGGUGAGAAUGCUGGGCAGAAGAACGCGUGGACGAAACACUGGCGACCCGAAGAGCCGAAGGCAGAAACGGAGCGAGGCGAAGAUCGCCAGGCGAGAGACGAACGCUCGUGCAGUUGGCAAAGAGGGAGCAAAAGAGAGAGAGCGAGAAAGCUGGGAAGAAAAAAGCGUGAGUCGAAGUGAGAAGCGACGAAGUGAGCGAACUUGGAGGGGUGCGGGGGAGGGGGUGAAAGCUAUACCGCGAGAGGUCGUCGGGGUUGUUGGCAUGACGUCACGGCGUAAUGGCGCCGCCUUCGGCGUCGAAGGGAGCCGCGCGAUUGGUCGAGAGAAAUGAUGGCAGGCUUGCGUGCCAAUCGAUUGCCGUUGGUAGGCUCGGGUCUGGUCCGACGGUCGGUUGGGUAUGGUUGUUGGUAGCAAGGUAGGUAGGGUUGCUUAGAGAAGGGGCAGUGAGCGUCGAAAAACAGAGAGAGGGGGGACAGUCGCCUCGGCAGGAAGUGAGCCCCGAGAGUGGGACCCGAAGGCGAAAUCCACAAAUGCUCAGACAGUCAGUUCCCUCCGUAGAGAGAGGAGGUGUUGCUAAGAGUCGGUCUUGUUCUUCUGCAUCUCUGCAUUAGUACAUAGGAAUAAGAGUAGUAGUAGGAGAGAAUUCGAACGGGGACAACUCAGUGAAUCGAAUAAAGCUUGCAACAGUGAACGCACAGAAAUACGCGUGUAACGACGUAGGCGCGUCGAGAGGAGUCAUCGGCGUCGAUGUUAUUAUCUUGGACACAGUGAGAAGAGAAAGUACAGUGACAGUGAAUAAUCGUCGUCCGACGUGUAAACAUUGGUUGUUGGUCGCUGGCGUUGAGAAUCGUACGCGGACUCGUACGCAGCGCCGUGUCAAAUCAGUAUAGUGUUCCAGCAGUUUGGAAACGGUGUCGGUGGUUGUGUUGUCGCGCGUAAAUUUCAACAAGUGGUGCAGUAAUCGAAAGAAGUUAAAACAAUCUCGUUUGACCGAGGGGGAAUUGGACGGUACAGCUUCCAUGUCACAUAAUCGAAGAGAAAUAAGGAGCAAUUCAUUUGGUGCGUAGUAUUCGCCAGAUUCGAAUUGCCGUCGUGGAUUGACAGGAGACUCGGCGCGUCAACGUUUUUCGACAGUGCGCGACCGCGUCCUUCUCGGCGUUUCGUCGAAUUUCUUGACGUCGAGUAGUACAAAAAAAAGGCAGCAAACUGUACGGGCACAGGGAGGAAGACAUGCUUACGAUGGAGUCUGACCUAAAAGGCGGCAGCCUACACGGUCAAAUGCCACCUCACCCGCAUCAAGGUGUUUCGCCAAUGGGACACCAUACCGGUGUAUCACCGUACGGUACCCUCGGCUCCAUAGUGCAUAGCCCAGCAUUAUCAGGAAGUCCUCCGAGUACCGGAGGUUUAACUCUAGGUUUACAACAUCAUCAUCAAACACCUCAACAUCAUUACACAUCCAUGCAGGCGGCACAACAGCAAAGCAUGCAUUCGCUGGCGCAACAAAACGCUGCACAACAACAGCAACAUCACCCGCACCAGCAGCAACAGCAGCAGCAACAGCAGCAGCAGCAACCACCACCGCCUCAACAUCAUCAGGCACCGAACAACAAUAACAAUACCAGUAAGAACAACAACAUCGACCGCGUGAAAAGGCCGAUGAACGCGUUUAUGGUGUGGUCCCGUGGCCAACGACGUAAGAUGGCUCAAGAAAAUCCAAAGAUGCACAACUCAGAAAUUUCGAAACGAUUGGGUGCGGAGUGGAAACUUCUCAGUGAAACUGAAAAACGCCCAUUCAUUGAUGAAGCGAAACGAUUACGCGCGGUGCAUAUGAAAGAACAUCCCGACUACAAAUAUAGACCACGCCGUAAAACAAAGACCUUGUUGAAGAAAGACAAAUUCCCAAUUGGAAGCGGAGUAGCCGGCGUCGGAGGUAUGCUGGGCGUAGAUCAGCGGCAAGUCGGUGCUACCGGUGGGCCGCAACAAGCUCAAUUAUCCCGUGAUGUGUAUCAAAUGCCAAACGGUUAUAUGCCGAACGGAUAUAUGAUGCACGAUCCCACAGCCGCUUAUCAGCAGCACGUUGCGUAUGGCGGUCACAUGGGAGGCGCAGCAGCCGCUGCAGCUGCUUCUGCUGCUGGGUAUCCCAGGUACGAUAUGGGCCAUCACAUGGGCGGUGGCAGUCCGAGUCCCAUAAAUAGCUAUAUGAACGGUUACGGUGGUUACGGCAGUGGCAGCGUACCAGGCGGAUCCCCGUCACCGUACCAUCAAACGCAGCCAGGAUCGCAAAUUUCCAGUCACAGUCCGAGCGGCAGUAGUAUAAAAUCCGAACCGACGAGUCCAGCGAGCGGCGGAAUUCACACACCACCAACGGCAGCGUCGUCGACAAGCGCAGCUGGGGGGCAAGUUGUGAAACGGGAAUACAUGGGCCAGCAACAGAAUCAGCAGGCGCAGGGUGAUUUGAGACAAAUGAUCUCGAUGUAUCUGCCCCAGGGUGUCGAGCAAGGAGUCGUCCAGCACGGCGCCGGUGUCUAUUCGCCUGGUCCGUCACCGGAUCCGCUGGCACAGCAUCAUCCCUCAAUACCGCCACUCGGUCACAUGAUAGCUUAAAAUGUCGGGCAUGGAAGGACAGCUGUUCGCCCGGACAUCAAAAUACGCUACGAAAUCUUACGAUUAAACAACAGAAUAAAGAAAAAAAGGACUAAUGAGAAGUGAUGCGAACGAGAAAGUAGGGGCCUAGACGAGAUCGCAAGGGGUUUGUCGCAAUUACGGAAGGAAAUUUCACUAACAAAUACACUAGGGUAAAAAGUAUCCAAUAGAGAUUAAGUUAUGCCUAAGAUCGAUUCCUUUGGUAUGCGCAACUUAACGCGGUGAUAGUUUGAAAAUAUUUUCUUAAAAAUAUCAGGUUAAAAUUAAAAAAAAAAGAUAAAAAAUAAAAAAAGAAAAAAAAAUAAAGGAUCGUAGGUUAAGACGAUUGCGCAAUCGAGAAACUACAGGACCGUGGGGGGGGGGCUGGGUGGCAUCCCGAAGUUUUUCGCCAUGUCGGUAUGAAAUUUGCAUCGUAGAUUAAACAGAAAAAAUCGCAUCGUAUAUAAUUUGUCGCCAUUACCAAAGAAAAUUUGACUAGCGAAUGAACGAGGUUAGAGAGUGUGGAAUAAAGAUUAAGUUAUACCUGAAAUUAGUUCCUGUGGUAUGUGCGACUUAACGCGCUAACCGUUUGUCAAUAUUUUGCUAAAGAUAUCUGGUAAGAGUGAAAAUAAAAAUGAAAAAUACGGGAUAACAAAGGGGUCGAGUGGUUAAAACGAUUGCGCAAUCGAGAAGCUUCGAGAUCGGUAGGAAAUUCGCCUCGCAGAUAAACUAAAGGCGGGAUCGCAUAUAGUUUGUCACCAUUACCGAGGGGGGAAAUUUGACUAACGAAUGAACGAGGCUAGAAAUAGAUUUAAAUCUUGAAUAGAGCUAGGUAAGUACGAAACAGGUAAAAUAAAAAUAGCGAUAAAAAAAAACUGUAAAAAUGUAAAUAAAAGAAAAGAAAGGGGCGGGUUAAAGCAGUUGCGCUACCAGGAAUCUAAUAGAUCGCAAGAAUAUGGGUGACGCGGAAAAUAUUUUUUCGCAAAACAGAAAGAAUGAUGAAUCAUAAAAUCAAUUAAGAAAAAAUGGUUUACAGUGACCUGCCCUACCAAGAUUUGGGGGAUAUGUUACGCGUAUGAUGUACCGUGGAUUCGAGGGAGGCUAUCGGCGUUCGACACAAAUCGAAUACACAAAGGACAAGCAACAGACAGGGGGAACUACGCCGAUUUCUUUUGAAAGAUCCUUGUUUGCAGUUAUACAUUCUUGGCAAGUGGACAACGAGUUCUGUUUAUUCCUUCAAAUUUGCGACAAAUCCGCGCUUUUACGGUCCCUAUUUUCUUCGUACACCGUUUACAAGAGAGAGGGACAGAAAAAUAGCGCUAGUAUGUGUAUGAAUUAGAUUAUAAACGUGACCGCGCAUCGACGACUAAUAUAAAGUUGACUUACGCCCGGCCCCUGAGGUGCUCUCACUUUGCGAUGCAAAAAGGAUUGAAACAGAGAUCGAUCGAAUCGAGGAAAGUCGUCGAUUCGCGUCAAUUUAUAAUAGAUGGUAAAUUAGUAUUAGGUUGCCCGAAAAGUAUCUUUCGUUUCAUAAGGUGACAAUAGAUGAACAAUAAUUUCUGUUAUAUUAUUUUAUUGAAUUAGGUAUGAUUCAUUUAGUUCUAUCUCUAUUACUAUGUUCGUGCAUAAUUCAAUAAAUUAAUAUAAAACAAAAUACAUUGUGCUCCAUUAUUUCUUUAUGAAACGAAAGAAACAUUUCGGACAACCUAAUAUCUUCCAACGGAGAAUGAUAACGGUGAGAAAGAGAGAAAACGUGAGAUGAUCGAGCCUCCUACUGUGAUAAAAUAUUAGAGAAAAGGAAAACUAAUGGCUGAAACGUAAAUAACAGCUAUAUAGAAAAUUUUCAGGGUAUAGUCGUCGCGAUAUGAAAGGGAAUGGGGAAAGUGAUAGAAAUCACAGAACAGGGUACAUGUAAAGAAGUGGUGACAGAGAAUAAGGAACUGUACAUAUAUGUAUACAAAUUUACAUAAAAAAAAAUAUAUAUAUAUAUUAUAUAUGCAGAUAUAGAAGCUCGUGUAUAUUUUCCGCGUUAACAAUAAUUUUUCUCUUAUUCGUAUAGUGACGUCUCGUUCGACGUCGAUAUAAUUUUCACUCACUCUAUCGUUUCUAUCGUGGUCGUUCUCCGCACAUUUUUAAGAUCGCUCUAAUUGUCAUGAAAGAACGAUAAAUGAACUAAUAGGUAAAGUACGACACAAACAAGUGUUAUACAUAUACGAAAGAUAGAAAUAGGAAAUGAGAAAGAAAGAGUGCAGUGGUAUGAAUGACCGCGGAAAAGUUCACAUGACGAUUAUUUGCGUGAGAUGACCUGGUCGAAAUUGACAUAUAGACGCGGUUUUAUAGAUGUUCAUCGAUCGCAAUAGUGUGAAUGGUUCAAAAGGAUAAGUAGCAUAGAAAUUUAUUGUAUAUAUCAUUAAACUUAAUUUUGUAAACAUAGCUCCCGCCGAUCGGAACAGCACUAGAAAUGUUGUCCGGGAAACUGUGUUCAUAUGGAAAUACGGGGAUAAUACCUUAACAGACUUUAUGGUUAUCAACCUUGCAGAUAGAUUAUUUAUGGUCAAUGCCCCUUUUCCUUUUUAGUUUUUAUCGCAUCUUAUUCAAUUUUAUUUAUUUCUUUUAAAUGCUUCGUGAUCCGGAUACGUUCAUGAUUAUAAAUUAUAUUUUAUUUUAUCCUUUUCUAAAAUUACUUAUGCUUAUUCAAAUCAUUAUAAUCAUUAAUAUUAUUACAUGUUGUAGUCAUUAUAACUUUCGUCGAUCCUCGAACCUAUCAAUAAAUCUUUCUAUUUUUUUAAUCCUGUUCAAACGUCCGGUACUUUUCGAAUUUCGAUUAAUACAUAUGUAUAUAUAUAUCGCAUAUAUGUGUUUGUACUCUGUAGACUAUACCGUUCCGGGAAUCAACAAAUUGCAUCCGAUAUGCGAUGAAAACUAAUGGAGGACGACGAAAAAUUAGAAAUAAGAAACUAUUAGGUAAAGAGAUACGAGUAAAUUUUGCCACGCUUCCUUGAAUUAUAAGUUGGAUCAAUCGUAGCAGAUUCCGUGGUAUAACUGCGUCGUGGUUUAUUGUAAGAGAUUUUUAAAAUUAUCGAUUGAUUGACGAAACUUCACUGCGCUAACUUUCCAGAUAUUUUAGCGGGCCAAUUACUCGAUUUAUAGUAUUUUAAGAGUUUUAGACGAAGCUUCUCCAAUAUUUUAAAUUUCUCCGUAUCGCUUACUGCGAAAUCCGAUCGAGAGAAAGAGGAGCGUAUAUAUUAUAUCUUUGUGUAUUUUUAUUCUUAUUUCAUUUUCUUUGAAUUACCAAAAAGAAGAUAUUUUUAUUUCAUUUUCUUCUUCAAAAUACCAAAAAAAGUAAUUCUUAUUUUUUUCUUUGAAUUACCAAAAAAAAAAAAGAUAUUUUUAUUUAAUUUUCUUCGUCGAAAUACAAAAAAAAAAUAAGAAUUAUUUUUAUAAAAAAAUAAUUUUUAUUUUUUUCUUCUUCGAAUUAUCAAAAAAAAGUAACUUUUAUUUUUUUUCUUUUUCUUCCAAUUACCAAAAUAGUAUUUUUCUUUCCUUUUUUUUUUUUUUUUUGAAGAACUAUGAAACAAUAUUCCUGUCUUCAAAAUAUCACUUUUGAAAUUAUUUGAUAUCAUUACCCUAGAAAAUCUAAUAGUGUUUCCAGAAACAGUAAAGAAAAAGAUAUAAUCGUCAUCCUCCGUUCGUUUUUGAAACAAUAACUACACAAUCUUGUCAUAUGAGAGUGCAAAACGAAGAAAAAAGAAGAAAGAUAUUUGUACAAAUUAUUGAAUAAUUAUAACCGUGCGAAUUUUUAAGUCCGUUACGCUUUGUAUUGUAAAUAUAUUCACCAUGGCAACGAUAGGUCAUGGUGAUCCUACUUUAUAUAGAAUAUAUCUAUAUACUAAUUGUAAUUAGA